AUGACGGCGGCCGUAUUCCAGGGCAGCUCUGCGGCUCCUCAUCACCCCGUCUAUCCCGCUCGCUACCACCAGAGAAGCCCUGCUGCUACGAAUCUACCCGGCAAACAGCCGUGGCGGCCAGAGUGGCCUCAUCCCCCAAAGGGCUGGGGCGACAGCAAGAGAGACUAUCCAGUCCAGCCUCAACCGACGGGCGGCUACGCGUAUCAACCGUAUCAAGCAACGGGCGGCUACACGGCUCAACCAACGGGGUAUCUCGGUAGUGGUAGCAACGCAUACGGAUCCCAAUCAUCCCAAGUCCCGGCCCAAUCAUCUCAAGUCCUGGCUGGUAACAAUCCAUACGGAUACCAAGCGUCCCAAACCCCGGCUAGCACCGAGCCUCAAGCGACGACAGCGCCCGACAGUGCAAGCAGUGAAGCCGGCGAUGCUAGCCGUACCGCCAUGAUUGAAAGCAGUUUCACCUCCAUUACUAACGUCCACAGCGGCGACGUUGGUAACCUCGUCGGCGAAGAAGACCUUCCGCACAUGCCUGAGCUGGCUAUACCCACGAUACCCACGAUCAACACCCUAUCAUGGCCUACGACCUUGCCUCUGCCUACAGGCGUCAACCUACCAAUCCCGCCAACAAGGCCAUUUCCCUCGGGCGGCUGGGGACACGCCUCAUCCGCAUCAAGCCAGCCACCUGUGCCCCAGCCCACGGGUAGUAGCCCCGGAGCCCAGACGACUGGGUAUCCCAGCAGUGGUGAUAAUCUCCCUGCCGCGGACGAGAAGCGAGAUGGUCUCCCCAGCGACAAUGGCCACCGCCCCGGCGAUCAAGACAGCGCUCCCGCCAGCGGCGACGACCACUCGCGGUGGUCCCAUCCCCUCCCACCGACGGCAUGGUUACCUCGCCAUCCGCCCGAGCCGCCGUCGUCUCACCCACGCCGGUCGCCUUCCGAUGGCAGGCCUCGUUUCCUACCACCGCGGUCGUCGUGGCCUCAUCCGGCUGGGCCCGUGAUGCGGCGAAGUCGUGAACUCCAUCGGAAAGACACGAAAACUUCACUGUACCAAUUUUGA